UACUUACGUGUCACAAUUUUGACCAUACGAGGAGCACUUGAACGCAACACGAAUGCGUGCUAGUGCGUGCCCGUGCGGGCCAGUGCCUUUGGAGCAUUUCCACUGUUUAAGCUAGUGCUAGCCACCUUUCUUGUGGAUAUUUUUUGUUUUUGCGGGCGUCUCGGCGGGUCGAGCCGGGUGUGCCCGGUGCCGUGAGGCGGGCCCCCGCCAUGGCCAGCAACAGCCGCCAGUACUGGUCCAUGGGCGAAACCAAAGCCCUGCUGAACAUAUGGGCUGACGAGAACGUGCAGCAACAAAUGGAGGGCGUUUGUCGUAAUGAAGAAGUCAUUCAGUUCAUGGUGGAGGAGCUGGCCAAGUUGGGGAUUCAGCGCACAACCACCCAGGUUAGGGAGAAACUGAAAAAAAUGAGGCACCUGUACAAGACGGCCAAGAGGGACGGGAGGAAGAAUUUCCCCUUUUUCGACUUAAUGGACAGUGUGCUUGGAGGACGGGUGGAGGGUCAGCUGGAGGCAGAGACCUGCGAAAUUCCCAAAUGUAUUAACAGGUCGUUGACCCAGCCAGACAAAUCGCAUUCCACAGAAAGCGUCUCAGCUCCUGCGCUCAAAAGGGGGACACAUCACAUACUCCCAAGUAGGAUCAGGCCGGAGACUCGCAAACGGAGAUGUGACAGCGACACAACAAAGGACUUCCUAAAUGCCAUGACAGAGUGCCACAAGCAGUGGCUGGAGAAGGAGCAGGAGCUGAGGAGAGAGGAGUGGGAGAGGGAGGCCAAGCUGAGGCGGGAGGAGAUGCAACAGGAGAUGGCCCUGAGGCGGGAGGAGGGAGAGAGAGAGGAGAGGCUGCGGCGUGAGGAGAUGGAGGCUCGAAGGAAGGACAGUGAGCUGCUAACGUCUUAUUUGGAACAAAUUGCAAAGUUCAUUGCCAAGGGCCCUCCUGCUUCGUAAGGACAGCGUUACACCAAACACGUCCUGGACACUUAUUUUAGUGCAAAUGACAAAACAAGAGACGUGGCGUUUUGGUGGAGUUUGACUCUCUGCCCACUGACGUGCAGAACAAAUGACUUUCAUUUCUAAAAAGCACAUUUACUCACAUCAUAACAGUAGCACAGUGCACAUGAUCUGUUACCAUUUUGCUGAACACCACUGUCUCACAUUUCUUAGUGACCUUGAAAUCAUGUAUUAUCUGUUCAUUUUAAACUAACUUAAAAACAUUUCCAGGUUGUUUAUUCCACCUUUUCCUGCUGGGAGCAUUUACACAUUCACUAUUGUGGAUAACCACUUGUAUCCUGAUGAAAA